AUGAAGACUUUUGCCAUUGCCGCCGUUCUCGCGGCUUCAGCUGCGGCCACCCCUACUGCUGCUGUUCAGAAGCGCGCCAUCACCCCCGUCACUGUGAAGGGAAAUGCUUUCUUUGCUGGCAACGAGCGUUUCUACAUUCGUGGUGUUGACUACCAGCCUGGUGGCGCUUCCGAUGCGAAGGACCCCAUCGCUGACGAGGCUGGCUGCAAGCGCGACAUUGAGAAGUUCAAGGAGCUCGGUAUCAACACCGUCCGUAUCUACACUGUCGACAACAGCGCCAACCACGACACCUGCAUGGGUCUCCUCGCUGAUGCUGGAAUCUACCUCGCUCUCGACCUCAACACCCCCAAGUACUCCAUCAACCGCGCCGAGCCCCAGAAGUCGUACAACAAGGUCUACUUGCAGAGCAUCUUCGCUACCGUCGAGAUGUUCGCAAAGUACGACAACACUCUGUUGUUCUUCUCCGCCAACGAGGUCAUCAACGACGACAAGACCACCAACUGUGCUCCUUACGUCAAGGCUGUCACCCGUGACAUCAAGUCCUACAUGAACGCUCGCGGUCUCCGCAAGGUUCCUGUCGGUUACUCUGCCGCUGAUGUCGAGAGCAACCGCUACGAGAUGGCCGACUACAUGAACUGUGGUGACGACGCCGCUCGCAGCGACUUCUUCGGUUUCAACGACUACUCUUGGUGUGACCCGUCUUCCUACACCACCUCUGGUUGGGACCAGAAGGUUCAGAAGUUCGGCAACUACAGCAUCCCUAUCUUCCUCUCCGAAUACGGUUGCAACAAGGGAACCCGAAAGUUCGAGGAGGUCAAGUCUCUCUACAGCACCGACAUGACCGGCGUCUACUCUGGAGGUCUCGUCUACGAAUACUCCCAGGAAGACUCCAACUACGGACUUGUUGAGAUCAACGGCGACUCCGUUACUGAGCGCGACGACUUCAAGGCCCUCAAGGAGGCUUUCUCUUCCACCAAGAACCCCACUGGCGACGGUGGCUACAAGUCCAACGGCCAGCCCGCCACUUGCCCCGACCAGUCCAAGACCUGGGAUGUCACCAUGAAGAGCGACGAGCUCCCUGCUGUUCCCUCUGGCGCCAACGACCUUUUCAAGAAGGGUGCUGGUGACGGCCCUGGUCUCUCCGGCUCAGGCUCCCAGCAGGCUGGUUCUUCCGAGACCAACCUCGCCGGUGCUGGUGACGGUGCUGUCACAUCCGGCGGUGUCGUUCCCAGCUCCACCGGUGGUGCCAGCGCCUCCGGCUCUGCUGGCGCUGCUGCCUCCGUCCGUCCCGAGUUCAGCUUCGCUCCUCUCGUCUGCGGUGCCGUUGUCCUCGCCUCCUCGCUCUUCGGUGGUGCUCUUAUCUUGUAA